CAUCAGUUAUUUCGAAUCAACAUUCUGAAAAGUGAAUGUUUCUAAAUCGAGUUAAACGUUGUGAACAUACAUGACGUUCGGAUAUUAACAAAGUUCGUAAUCAAGCAAUGUAUUUAUCACUCGCUCUCUUUAUUUUCAGCAAAGGCGUAUAAAUAUUGCGAGAUCACAGGCAUAUGGGAAACUAAAAAUAGUACAAAUGGAACAUAUUACUACACACAUUACGACAACUGUAUUAUGCCCCAAAUAAGGGAACUAGCCAUUAUGUGCAACCAAUUUGGAGAUAACAUCUGUCCACAAAUUGCCAGGAUAACACGGUGUAUAGAAAUGGUGGGAUUGUCUUUUUCACUGGUAUCAUUAGUGAUAUCCUUGUACAUAUUCUUUUCCUACAGGGUCCUCAAGAAUAACAGGACGAAAAUUCACAAGAACUUGUUCAUAGCCACCCUCCUACAAGUAAUAUUUCGGUUACUGAAAUAUAUCGAUCAAAGUCUGGAUCCAUCCCACACAUUUCUAGAGCAGCUUUAUCUCAACGAAAUUUGUACGGCAUUUCUGGAAUAUGCUAAGACUGCGAUGUUCAUGUGGAUGUUCAUAGAGGGCCUAUAUCUACACAACAUGAUAACAGUGACAGUAUUCCAAGAGUACAGCUACAUCAAGAUAUACUGUUACAUAGGUUGGUUAGUACCAGGUCUAAUGACACUAGUGUGGUUGAUAGUCAUGUUGGUGAAGGCUGCAGAAUCAACAUGGAAAUAUUAUUACUUCCUGAGUUACUAUUGGAUACUUGAAGGACCUCGUUCAACAGUCAUCGUAGUGAAUCUCCUAUUUCUACUAAAUAUCAUCAGAGUUUUGAUUGUGAAACUUCGAGAGAGUCAUACGAGUGAGAUACAGCAAGUAAGGAAGGCCGUACGGGCAGCAAUAUUCCUGCUGCCACUCAUGGGAAUUUCACAUAUCCUAUUUUUCUACUACAAAUUCAACGAAGCAUGGAAAUUUGCACUUUGGUCCUUCUCGGCCUAUUUUCUGGGGACGUUCCAGGGAUUUUUCGUAGCCGUCCUCUAUUGCUUUCUCAACGGCGAGGUGCAAUCAGCAAUUAGGAAUAGUUUCUACCUCCACAUGUCUCUGAGGAAUCAUGAUUACACUCCAUGCAGGAAUUUCACUCUGAUAUCUAUCGCAGUUGACGAUAGUAGGGUACAAAAUUUCCAGAGUCAUCGUCGGGAUACAACAGUGAUAACAGAACUCACAAUGGAUGAUACGAACACACUGAAAAGCUCAUCCAAGAACGCAGAGGAGGAAACUGAUACUGCGCUGGUGGGAAUGAAGAACACAUCGGAAUGA